UCUUGGUCUUGCUCCCGUCUGCUGCCGCCUCUGCUCGACUCUCCUACAUCGUCGCUCCCUCCCGGCCGACCCUUCUCUGCUCCCCACCCUUCCCUCGUCGCACCCAUGGACUACUUCUUUGGCUCCGGCUCCACCGGCCCCGAUCCUAGCAAGCGCAAGCUCUGCGUCCGAAUCGGCCCCAACACCCAGAACCUCAAGGUCUACAACGUCAACGACGACUCACAGCCCCAAUUCGUGGACUCUGAGUAUUUCACCGGCCACAUUGCCGUGCGAGUCAAGAACUUCAGGGGCUUCACUCCCGACGACACCCCUCCCAUCGCCAUCACUCCUUACUUUGGUACCCGAAGAAGACUCUUCUCGAUUCAGUUCUCCGGACGCUUCCGAAAGGAGUACAGUGUCGACGACGUCGUCUUCGGCGCCGAGUUUGAGAACAAGGUCAACCCUCCCACCGGCACCUGGGUCGCUCUCAAGUUUGCCAACCUCAUCGAUCCCGCUCUCCUGGCCGAUGUUUAUGCCGAGAAGCCCUGGCUUUACAGCCCCAUGCUCUGCUCGAUGAACACCCUCAACGUCCAGCCCUCCAGCACCGCUCUUCCCUCGGUAUCGGCCGGGCACUCUGUCUCGGAGCUGGCCUCGAAAGUGCAAACAACUCCCUCGCCCGCAGAGCUCCUUGGCGCAUGGACAUGGGGCGGCGAGGUCGAGCUGAAGGAGGAGAACACCUUGAUGUUCGAGGGCAUCGACGAUGUGGCUGUGGCAAGCGAUGACGUCAACGAGCGACGUGCGUACUUCCGGGACCAGCAGACCCGCCAGGACACCAUCUUCAAGCCCAGCCAAGUGUACCACUGCGAGAUCUUUGCGCCAUUCAUCGACCUGAACACAUUCGAUCUCAGCCUGGGCAUCAACAUCAACCUGCUGCGCUACCUCAACGACCAGCCCAUCCGCUUGAUGGCCAAGUCCCAGAAGGACAACACGCCCUUCUUUGUCAUCGAGUUUGACCUGAGUCAAGAGAUUGAUUCAUAAGCACCUUGCCGGAUGCCGAUCCUAACCCUCUCCCCCAUUUCCAUCGUUGUUGCACUUGUUGCUCUUGUUUGGUCCAUAUGUUCUCGAGCCCUGGGUCCGUAAAGCAGUCGUGUCUGAGUGAGGUCUCUGAUUUGUAGGCGUCGUCGAUGUGCUGGUGGCUGCUGGAUGAGAAUACGAGGCACUCUUUCUUGCUCCACAACGCUUCCCAACCCUCUCCCCUUCCUUCACUUCCUGCUUGAUAAUGUACAAUAUGUUUUUGACUCGGCAGAUCAAAAUCAAUCACUCUCACCUCUCCAUGC